AUGCUGCCUUCUUUUGUUAACGCCGCUCGGGUUUUAGCCCUUGGAGCUCUCCUGGUUCCCGCCGUCCAGGCCGACUUUGACGCUGGCCUAGAAUGGAUCUCUACAAACAAGUCUUUGCCGAAAGUCGUCAUCUAUAGCGCUAGAGGCACCAUCCUCUCCGCAUCAAACUAUAGCCGACUUGACAAUGUCAACUACGGUUCCGGAGUUGGGCCCACGCCACAGCAGCUGAUCGGCAACGUUUCAGAGGUUCUGGAUGUCGCCCAGUUGGCAGUUGUCAACUUCAACGUCUCCGGUGGCAGCUCGGGCUUGAACUCGUCGCUCUAUCUCAACAUUAGCCAGCACGCCAACCGACAGCUAUGUGACCCAGACUCGGAUAUUGUUGGUGCCAUCAUGUUUCACGGCACAAACACUCUUGAAGAGACGGCCUUUGGAGUUGAUCUUACCUUCAACUGCUCCAAGCCAUUCAUUGCUACUGGUGCCAUGCGCCCAGACACUUACGUCUCUCCUGACGGACGUUCAAACUUUUACCAGGCCGUCGCUGCUGCUGUCUCCCCCGCAUCACGCAACCGCGGAGGUUUGAUUGCUUUCAAUGACCGAAUUACCUCGAUAUUCUACUCCACAAAGCUUAAUGCCAACACUCCAGAUACCUUCAAGUCCUUGGAACAGGGCAAUCUGGGAGCGUUCUUGGGCGGCCAGCCAUUCUACUACUUCGGCCCAGCUUAUCCAACUGGUCGGCCUUAUUUCGACGUUACCAACACGACUGAACUGCCUUCUGUUGCCAUUUUCUUCGGACACCAGGGCUUUGAUGCUUCGCUGAUGUACGCAGCUGUUGCUAACGGCGCCAAGGGUCUGGUUGUCAUGGGCCCUGGAGCAGCUUCCCUCAGCCCCGGUGCCCGAGAAGCUGCCGCGGAACUCUUCAAGAAGGGCAUCCCAACCGUUGCUGUCGCCCGACCUACCACAGGAACUGGCGUGCCAUCUAUUAAUCCUGGCCCCGUUUUCUUCUCAAGCUAUGUUGGUGCUGAGCAGGCCCGUGUGAUGCUCCAGCUUGCAAUCAACGCCGGACUUAGCCUCGACGAGAUUCGGGAUUUGUUUGAAACCCCUUUGAGAGAAGCGGUUUACGCCCCUUGGGCUAAUCAGCUAGCCUAUUACUAG